CUCCAGAACCCGUGCGCCUCUCUGUCUCUGAAGCAGGCAGCGGCAGACACUGAAAGCAAAAGGGAACGCCGCAGUUCCAAGCUCAGCAGUUUACCGAAUUACUUUAAUAGGCUGUAGUUGAAGCGGACGCUUGUGGUUUUUUCGAUCAUGUUUUCAUUCGGGGAGAAAAUAGAGUUUCUCAUAGGAAACCCCUUUUCAACGCCCGUCGGUCAGAGAAUCGAGCGAGCGACCAGCGGCUCUCUUCAGGCGGAGGACUGGGGGCUCAACAUGGAGAUAUGUGACAUCAUAAACGAGACGGACGAGGGGCCCAGAGAUGCAGUCAAAGCUAUUAAGAAGAGAAUUGUAGGGAACAAGAACUUCAGAGAGAUCAUGUUGUCACUUACUGUUCUUGAAGCCUGUGUGAAGAACUGUGGCCAACGUUUCCACGUUCUUGUGGCGUCGCAGGAGUUUAUUGAAGGAGUUUUGGUCCGUUCCAUUCUGCCCAAACAUAACCCCCCCACUGUCCUCCAUGACCGGGUGCUCAGCCUCAUCCAGUCAUGGGCUGAUGCGUUUCGUAGCUCUCCCUCCCUAGCGGGGGUGGUGUAUGUAUAUGACGACCUGAGGAGACGUGGUCUGGAGUUCCCCAUGACAGAUCUGGAUGCUCUGUCCCCCAUCCACACUCCGAAUAGGAGUACCCCAGAAAACGGGACUCCUGAAACGAUCCCUGCUGCAGCUCCCACACAUCAGUCACAACCACAAGCCCAUUCCAGUGUUCCCACUCAGAAUACGUCACCUCCAGUCCCAUCCAGCGAGGGACCAGCCUCCUUCUCCGCAGAACAGGAACAGAAGCUGCGAAGUGAGCUGGCGCUGGUGAAGGGAAAUGUCACUGUGAUGUCAGAAAUGCUGAAUGAGCUAAUACCUGGACAGAGCCAGCCAGAUGAUACAGAGCUGCUACAGCAGCUGUACUCGGUGUGUAAGAGCAUGCAGACUCGAGUGGUGGAGCUCCUCCCCCAGCUGCUGGAUGAAGGGUUUAUUGAAGAGCUGCUAAUGGUCAACGAUGACCUCAACAACGCCUUCAUCCGUUAUGAGAGGUUUGACAGACUGAACAGGGCACACAUUCCAAAUACUCAAGAGCAGAGCUCUACCACAAGCCCAAGCCUCCUCGACCUCAGUCCUGAGCCCUCGACUCUCAGCCAACCUGCUGUCAUCACAACAACCAGCCAACCAGCAGUCAGCACCUGGGCCAAUCAACAGCAAUCAGCCAACCACAAAGAGGAGGAGGAGUUUGACAUGUUUGCCCAGACGAGGGGCAGCUCCCUGGCUGAGCAGAGAAAAGGUGUCAGGUAUGAGGACCCAGGAGCUGUGGAAGGCCUAGCUGGAGCUCUGGAUACGAGGUUGCAGGUCACAGGAGGGAUGCCACCAGAGAAAUACUCUCUGCAGACUGAUGUUGACAAACUGUUUUCUUGUGAUAUGGAAGACCAGUCUUCAGUAAGUGAUGGAGUGUCCAGUGAAGAGUUUGAUAAGUUUCUGGAAGAUCGGGCGAAGGCAUCGGACCACAGCAGUCAGGCAAUUCGCAGCGUGCCACCCUCCACAUCCAGACUGCCGCUGCAAUCUAACCGGCAACAGGACAGAUCAGACAAUCUCUUUACACUUUAAAUUUGAGGACAAACAAGCGAUGCAGGUGGAUGUAAAGGUCAACAUAUACACACGCCAUCAUCAUAUUAGAAUAUACCUACAAUCAAACAUGCUGUGUUAAGUCAGGUUUUCUCUGAAAGCACACACACACACACACACACACACACACACACACACACACACACACACACACACACACACACACACACACACACACCAGACCUGUGACCUGCUGCAUAAUCAACUUAUGCAAUAUUUCUUAUAGUUAAUUCCUGCUGUUUGUUAUCUUUAUGUAAGUAUCAAAUAAUGUAUGUGACUGUAUUUAUGAACUGUAUUAUAAUGUUGAUGUAUACAAAAACUGAAAUUAGAACGAGUGUUUACAGUUAGGUAUAAUGUUGAAGAUUUAAUAUUACACCAUCAUGUGCCUUUGACCUAGACAGCUGAUUGUGUCUAGAGGAGAAUAAAUUAUUGUCCUGCAAACAUGAUGCAUCUGCCCUCUUUUCAAAUAGUUUCUGUUACUGUACGCCAUUAUCUAAGCUGCCAUGGAGGGAAUUUACCCUGAAGCUUGUUUUAAAACUGAUCUAAGUGCA